CCUCCCCUCCUUUCCCCACUUUCCUUCGGCUACGCGGGCGGCCGUGGGGCCGGCAUUCUAGAAGGGGAGCCGUCCGCCUCUUCGCUUCUCCCGCGGGUGCCGGCACUGCGUAGGGAGCUGAGCAGAGAAGCCGCGGACUGGAGGCGCUGCUGUGUGGGGGUGCUGCUGCGGGGGGUGGGGAGUGCUGCUGCGCGGCGCUCAAUAGCUGGGCUAGAGCCGGGAGUUGCUUUGGAGCGAGCCCGCCGCUUGUCCCGGCCAAGGCCCCUGGGGCGGGAGGGGUGGGCUGCUGGCGCUGGCCGUGGGGUGCGGUGAGGCCCCGUUCUCCCGUCUCUCCCUGGUCCAGAGCAGCCCGGGAUUUGGGAAGGGGACUGUGCUGAGGCUGGACCCAGCUGUCCGAGGAGGAGACGCAGCCCGCGCACCCCGGCAGGCGGCUUGAAACCCUCAGUGCCUCGCAUCCUCCUCCCGCUCUCACCCCCAGGUAGCUGCAGAGAAGCCCCCUUCUCUUGCUGUCGGGGCUCCCUCCUUGGACGAUCUUGAAAUCCUGGGAAGGAGGACGAGUGUACUAGGUGCUGUAGCCGACCGCGGCCGUGAGCUGGGGCCUCCCUCCCUCCAUCCCAACAGGUUUGGGGGCGGGGGGCGGGGAGGAGACACUCCGAGCUGGCUGGACCCUAGCUCUACCCGGUUCCUUCCUCCUCCAUGAGAUUGCAGAAACUCGCCUGGAGCCCCUUCCGACUGUUGAACUGAACUCAGGGGACGAAAUAGCUGUGCAUGGACUUGGGGACACUUGGUUAGAUGCAAUGCAGCGAAGCGCGCCCCUCAGGAGACCACUUCGGAGUCUCUGACCUGGGAAGCCUUUUGGAGUUUUGUUUCUUUCUUCUCCCCUUGGAGAUGCACGGAUUGUUUCCUCCCUGCUCCUCCUCUUCCUCCUCCUCUUGCGAAGCCUUUGGAGGCUGUAAGCUCCCAUCCAGGGCUAGUGAAGAGACCCAGGAGUUUGAACUUGAGACUUUGUGCUUAUUCAAACUGAGACUUCCCUACCCCACCUCCACCAAGUACCCAUUUCUCUGACUGUUUGCAUUUUACUUGACGACUUUUGGGCCUAUUUGAUCGCCCUUAUUCUUUUUGAGAAAAAAGGGUGGCGAAGAAGACUGUUAGGUAGUUUUUUUGUUUUUGUUUUAAACUCACGGUACAGGGCUUCUGACUCCGGGAACUUGCUCAUGGCUUUCUUGAUGAAGAAGAAGAAAUUUAAAUUUCAAACCACUUUUACCCUGGAGGAGCUGACUGCUGUCCCAUUCGUGAAUGGCGUACUGUUCUGCAAAAUAAGGCUUUUGGAUGGCGGGGAUUUUGCCAGCUUGUCGUCCAGGGAGGAAGUCCAAGAAAACUGUGUCCGAUGGAGGAAAAAGUUUACUUUCGUGUGUAAAAUGAGUGCUAAUCCCGCCACGGGUCUCCUGGAUCCCUGCAUCUGCAGAGUGUCUGUCAGAAAGGAGCUGAAAGGUGGGAAGGCCUACUCCAAGCUAGGAUUUGCUGACCUGAACCUGGCUGAAUUUGCUGGCUCUGGUUCCACUGUUCGAUGCUGCUUGCUAGAAGGAUAUGAUACCAAGAACACCCGGCAGGACAACUCCAUCUUAAAGGUCACCAUUGGAAUGUCCUUGCUCUCUGGAGACCCCUGCUUUAAGACGCCACCUUCCACAGCCAAGUCUAUCAUCAUCCCCAGCCAAGACACAUCCCUGCAGUUGACCUGUAAAGGCGAGGGUACAUGUAGUAGCGGCUCCACUACCCUCACUGGGACUCGGCAGUCCAAGGCAAGACCCACCAUCCUUGGAUCAGGGGUCCCUGAAGAGCCAGAUCAGAACUUGUCUAGCCCAGAGGAAGUGUUCCAUUCCGGCCAUUCCCGUAACUCCAGCUAUGCCAGCCAGCAGUCCAAGAUCUCUGGUUACAGCACUGAACAUUCCCGCUCCUCUAGCCUGUCAGACUUGACUCACCGAAGAAACACCUCCACCAGCAGUAGUGCCUCUGGGGGCCUCAGUAUGACUGUGGAGUGCCCUGAGGGGGAGCGAGAGCAUAAACCAGAAAAGCCCCCACGGCCCCCUAGACCUCUGCAUUUGUCAGAUCGAUCUUUCAGGAGGAAGAAGGAUUCAGUGGAAAGUCACCCAACCUGGGUAGAUGACACGAGAAUUGAUGCAGAUGACAUUGUGGAAAAGAUCAUGCAGAGCCAAGACUUUACAGAUGUCAGCAACAAUGAGGACAGUAACCUGAGGUUGUUUGUGAGCAGGGAUGGCACCACCACCUUGAGUGGCAUUCAGCUGGCAAACAGAGUCUCCUCUGGAGUUUUUGAGCCUGUAGUGAUUGAAAGCCACUGACCAGCAUGAUCUGGAAAGCAGAAAUUGCCCUGCCCUUGGGCAUUCUGUCCGGAGUCAUUCCAGAAGGUUCCUUCAUUUUCUGCGGACCCACCUCUCAUCUCUACUUCCUGUCCACUCUCUUGUCUGAUUUUUGCACUCCGGACCAGUCCUGAGACUGGGCUGCCCCAAGCUGGCAUUGGGCCCCCUCCUCAUCAUCUAUCUCUCCUCCAUCCUCUUCCCCAGACCUGACCCAUCCAUCUCGUCAUUUGAUAUUCUUGAGGGUAUUUCCCAGGACUCUUGUUGCGGUCUGAUUGUACCACUGUGAAUAUUCUCCAAACCACUAAAGAGCAGACAUCCAGGCAGGAAGAAGAGCCCCAAGGCAGCCUGGCCUAGCCUUGUACACUCCAGAGCAUCCCAUGAACAGAUCCUUCCUCUUUAUAGGAAACUGUUGGCCCGAGUGCCAAUUCAGAAGGCAAAAGGAAGAGGUAGAGUCUGGUGAGGGAAGUAAUUCCUACUGUAGGACUAUAGGCCCACUGAUGGGCAGGGUUGUGGCCUCUUAAGAUGGUGGAUGUGGGCAAGCACCCUUCCCUAAAAGCUGGAGAAAAGGACUUGUGUUUGGUCCAGCCUGCCUGUUUGUCCUGUCCUGCACUGCUGGUGCUUCUGACUACUUCUCUGGAGUUGGGAGUGUGGAGGGCGAGGGUCCACCUGCCCCAUAUUCCUCCCCACCCUGGAAAUUGUAUGGACUGGCCAUCCUGGAGUCAUCUCUGAUUCCUGCCACUAACAACACUCCAGGAAAGAAGAGACUUGGAGAAACUGGAGACACAUCCUAGAGCUGGCUGCCAGACUUUCUUGCUCUUAAUUCUGUGUGGUUCUGAGCUAGACUGUGACUUCCCCCUACAGCUCCCUCUCUCCCUUCUGCUCAAUACCUUGCUCAUCUUUUUAGAGCUUUGAACCCUGACUUCCUGCUUGUAGGAGGUCGGGGCCCUUCAGGUAGACCUGCUAGGUGGCCUUUGGUAGACCUGCCUUUCCCAUCCCUAGCUUGUCCUGGCCUGUGCCACAUACUUUCAGCUUAUAAGCUAUCCCUUUCUGAUACCUCCCUCUUCCCUUUUGAAUUUGCCUGCCUCUGUUUCUCAGAGGCUCUCUGCACUUUGCACAUAUUUCCCUAGCAGAGCCUUGGGGGGUUGGUGGUUGGUCUGCCCUCUCCCCACCCCAACAAUGCGCACAUAUCCUUCUGCCAGCCCCCUCUUCCUCCAUCGUCUCCCCUUUAUGAAACCUAUGCUUCUGCCUGCUGGCCAGGUUGACCAAGUAUCACUGGCCCAUCAAGCCCCUCCAGUCUCCUCAUUUGUCCAGAAUUGGGGAGACCACUUAAGACAAAGGAGAGCAGACUGCUGGGGUAGUGACUUUCAGCCCCGAACUCCCCUUAUUGGGGUAGGAAGCCACCUACUUUGACUUUGUGUCAGCCCUCCUGGGUAGGCCUGUGACAGGUUCACAUCCCCAGUUGGGUGAAGUUCAGGGCCUCUUUCCCAUCCUACUCUGUAGCCCCUGAUGUACUCUCUGCUUGGGGCUGGGUCUUAGGCAGUUGAUGCAACAGAGAAAUUAAGGAAAAAAACCAUACCAAGUGGAGGAGGAAGGAAGAGAGGAGUGUCCAUACGAGCACCAGGAGGCCGGAGUUAUUGGAGGAAGGACUUAUGUCUCUUCCUACAGGAACAGGAGAAAAGAGCUUGUCUCCUUUCAGCAAGGUCAGCCUGGUGGACCAUAGGGCCUUUAUACUCCCCAAAAGUAACUCCACCUGCUCAGCCUCAGUUGGUGAGUUGGAAGGGGAUGCCUUCCCCCAGCCUCCAGGGGAAUGGGUAGGAGAAGGGGUGCUUUUUCAAUUACAGGCUGGAGCUGUGCUCCCAGCAGGACAUCCCCCUCAUUAGCCCAUGCUCCUGGUGUCCUGGGUGUCACCUCCUACCACUGCCAAAGCUUCUGUUCUUAGCACUUUUUCUCCCCACGGCAAAAGCCCAGGCCAGAAGAUAGAGCCUGUGGCCUCCUCACUCAAACCACUGGUUUAACUUUUUUUUUUAUUUCAGUUGCCAAGUUGUAAUUUUUAAUAAACCCAGCAGGCUGGUGUUUGGUUUUUGGGAAGGGUGGGAAGGUUUUUUGUUUUUUUUAAGUUGAUAAUGUUGGUUUUUUUGCUAUUUUAUUCCCCAAAAGAGAGAGAUCAUUUUCCUAGUUUCCUUCUCUUCUUUGCCCUACCGCUCCCCAGGGGAGCUGUCUGGUCAGGACCAGGCAUGCAGAGAGCUGGCCCUCUCUCUUAGAUAGGGAAUGUGGGCAGAACAAUUUUUCUCAGCAGUGGGAAUAGAGCUGGGCUCUAGUCUCCACCCUACCCUCCUCUGGUCCCAGGAGGACUCAGUUGCCCUUUCUGUCCUAAUCCUUAUCUCUGGAACCCUGCUGGGGUGGGGAUGGGGGUUGGUUCCAGAUUGAUUCCUUUCGUUUUUCUUUUUUUCUUUUUUUUUUUUACUAACAUUUUAAACACUUAUCAGACCUUUCCUGCCACGUCAGGACUGAAAGUUGUUAAAGAAUUGUCCUAGGUUCAGAAAAGCCCCAGACCCCGAGGGAGCUCUCUCUUUCCCCUCCUCUUGUGAAUGACUAGCACUUUAACUGGGAGCCAACACUGGGGGGGGGGGGUCCCUACCCUCCCUACAUUCCUUUCUUCUUUCAACAGUUUGGUCUGACUAAGGUCUUAACACACACAAACUUGAUCAAGGAGGAGGGAUUUGUGAUAUUUUAAUGUUUUGUUUUGAUGAGUGUGCAGCUGGCCUCCACACUCCACUGGGAAAGCCCGGGGGUCCAGUGAGAUGGGGGCACCAUGCCAAUCCCCUUGGGAGAGUGCCCUUAAGCCUGGUGGAGAUGCCUAUCAUCUACACCUGCCUCUCCUACCUCUACCUCUCUCAAUUGGCAGCUUCAGGACUGGGCCCAAAUUCAACUGCUCUCUUUUCUUCCUUCCCAUUCUCCAGUCAUCUAGCAGGGUUAUUGCUGUUUUCUUAGGAGCAGCAAGAAUAGAUGGGAGUCCAGGAUAGGAAAGGAACCUUCAAUUGGACCUAUUUAGCUGACGAUUCUGCCGGGAGCAGUAAGCCCAAAGGCCAGAGAAGAAAAAACAGCAAAAUGAAAGGUUUCAGACCAGAGAGAACCUGAGGGAAUUUUAGGUAGUUAGAGACAGAAAAUUAGAUGAAAACUGCACUGGUCCUUUUAAAAUUUUUAGUAAAAUAAUCCCUUCCUCACCCCCAUCUCCUCUUAAGGGUAGUAUCCUUUCUGAUACCUGGACUUCAGUGGUUCUAACUAGUGCUGUCAAAGCUUUAGAUUCAAAUUCUAUAUAGAGAGAUUAUAUUAGAGAUAUUUUUGGAAAGGGGAUAGGUCUAUGCAAAACAGUUUGGAAAUCUGUGAGAGUUUUAUCUUUUUUUACUCAGAGAUCUAUCUAAAAAAGAAUAAAGUUCUAGGUCCUCACCCCACCCCCACUCCCUUUCAAUCAUUAGUCCCAUCCCAUGAGUAACUUAUGGGGCAGGUGUCUAGUUGGGUUUGGGUGAUUCUCAGCUUUCUCUGAUGGAAUGGUCUCCAUCACUUUUAAAUGGGUGGGAGGAGGGAGGGAGAAAGACAGGAGCUCAAUUCUUUUCCCUCUUUUCCCUCCUCCCUUUAUGGAGUAUCUUUGCCAUCUUUGAUUCAACUGACGGUAUUUGUAUUUCUGUAUAUUGUUCCUAUCAUAGAAGACUACAGUGUAAGGGGAAAUCAGUCUUUUGUCAAAUUGGCAUUAUGAUUUGGGGCCAAUUAAAAGUUAUGGGUUUUGUUU